UUAUGCGCGAGUCGACGACGCGAGCUGCUUCAACAACGCCAGUGGAAAAAGAGCGUCGGAGAAGAAGCAUGGCGCACUGCUCGCGCCCAUGUGUGUGUAAACAAGGCGCUCGGCGCGGACGCUUCCCGGAGAGCUGAGAAAAGCAUCUUCGCGUGGUGCUGGCUCGCGCUAACGACGCAUGUAGUGCGUAGCAGCAGCGUGGUUUUGCGUGGUGGUGCGUCCAACCAACAGUGGAGAAGAGCGUGCGAUCCAAACCACCGCGCGCGCAGCCCCCCCUCAUCGCGCUCCUCGUGGAGAAAACGGAGGCGAGUUUGCGAGCUAUCGUGCCCGAUCCACCGCAGGACUUGGUUGUGCUCGCGCUGCGCGAUCCCAAAUGGUAAUCGACGGUGCUCCGGCGCUCAUCGUGGUUAGCACCAGCUCCCGUGGCCCCUGUGGCGUCGUCUCCAGCGGUGGUGGUGGUCGUCAUCAUCGGACAUGGAAACCGCGAACGGCAACAACAACCACGGCGCUCGCGUCGACACGACGGCCGUGUUUUUGGACGUGUUCGGGGAUCGGACCGAGUUUUCGACUUUCGACGAGUUCAGCGAGCUGUUCGUGCGCUUCGAGAAGAAAUCGCGCUACAUCUUCCGCGUGAAGAAUUCGAGCAGUGUCGAGGCCGAGAAUCGACGCAGGAAGGACAAGAUCGACGCUGCCAUCAAGUACUCCGGGCUGGUGCUGUGCUGCGUCAACUGCGGAGACGCCAGCAAGACCCUCAAGAGGGUCCAAGAAGGGGACUCAAGGCAGCUGUGUGACGCGCACAUCUACCUGCGGUACCGGUCAUCGUCGCGCAAGCUCGCUAUCAUCUCCUCAUCGUUCGUGCACAAUCAUCAAAGCCAGGCCGGCAAUGGCUGUUUCCAUCGCAAGCAGUCUGUCACUGAGCGCAUUGGCAAGCCUCGAGACGGUCGGCGCAAGUUCGUCCGCGCUGGUGACCGCAUGGGCAAGCUCACACGCCCCAUCCUGCCUGCGCCGUCCUUCGAGCACCUGGUCAAGAGCUCAAAUGAACUCACCAUCAUUCCACUGGGCGCCGGGGGUCUCGGGGGCCACCCUGACCUGCCGCCGCCCCUCAUGCUGCACAAUCACCACGCGGAGGACCACGCCCUGUGCUCCCAGACCCAUCCAGCCCUGAUGUCGCCCGCGCAGCUGCUGCUUCCGCCGGGGCUCCGCUCGCCUGACAGCAACCUCAUGCUGUUUCCCCGGGGACCGAUGAAGAUGGACGUGCCGGUCGUGGACGGCUUCUGUCGUGACGUCAAGCGCCUCCGCGAAGACGCAACCGGCAUGGCUGACAUGGGUCGCAUCUUCGAGCCGGAGUGCAUCUUGCAAUGUUACGAGGACGAACACCAUGGCAACAGCACCACCAAGAUGGAGGAGGAAGAGGAGGAGGAAGACGAAAGAGCAGACAGCGAAGAAGCGGAAUGCACAGCCACCGACCUUUCCAUUCGUUCGCGCGGCAGCGAUGACCGGAUGGAGAGCGACUUCAAGACACCGCCGGCCACCGUGGCAACGACACCCCCGGCCGAGGCACCCGAGAACCUCUCGCUGGCAGCCAUGAGGGCAGUGGCCAACGCCUCGCGGGAAUACACGGUCACCUGGAAGGAGCUCGAACCGCUGUUCCGCUUCUGCAGCCGCUGCGGCGCCCCCGUCGAGAAGACGCGCCACUCACUGCACAGCGUGCUCAGCGUUUCCGCUGUCUGCCAGCGGGGCCAUGGGGUAUUCUGGACGUCAAGGUCAUGAUCCGCACUCCGAGCAGCCGGGGUUGUCGCUGCGCCGAGCUUGCGGCGCCGCCCCGUACGAUUCGGGAACAAGGAGGCUUCCUGCGGAGGUCGUCUCGCAGAGCACUUUUCGCA